AUGAGCUUUAUUGAAACGCCUCAAUUACUCUCUUCCGAACCAGCACUGGCUAUUGAGGUUGAAAAUUCGGAAAAAGGCCCAACUACGUUGUCUUGGCAGCGUCUGGCUCAAAUAGAAGAGCAAGUGAAGACGCAUUUGGCCGAGUAUGUUUUUAGAGCUGUACCCAAUCUUCCUGAUGUGAGGCACUCAGAAGUGUCUAUUGAGGUUGGGGAUAACGAAGAAACAAAUAUAGAAAUCCAUCCUGAGAUGAAAGGACAGAAAAAGUUAUUGAAGAGGACUUCUCUCCUGAUGCUUUUAUCAGAAGCCCGCCGAAGAACUACUUUAAUCUUACCAGAAAAUCUCACAAUUGGUCAAGCCAUCACCGCUACGGGAGGCUCUUCCGUCCUUGAAUCCCAUCCAGCGGAUGCUGAAAUUUCUUCGAGUCCUUUGGUAGUUACAAAUUCU